UUUUUCCUACUCUCAAAAAAAAAAAAAAAAAAAAGGAAAUGACGAAAUAAUUUUAUCCAUGAUAUUAUCUCUCUCAUAUUUAAAAAUAAUUUAUUUGGACGUAAUCGACAUUCGACACCCGAUAAUUGGCUCAUUGCUAGCAGACAUUUUCACAUCCAUAUUCUUCCAAUUUAAUUUUUAUUUUUACAGUUCUUCACUUCUACAGUGUUUCUUCGUUUUUAUUUAUUACUGUACUACUUUUGUAUAUCAUCAUAUCAUAUGCUUUGUUUUUUGUUCUUUGAUGAUUUUUGCAGUAGAUUUUUUCUUGAGCUAUCAAACAAUUCUCUCCCCAAAAUUAUAAUACUUCCAAUUCUUCCUUACCUUCUUUCUCUUUAGCUAAUUUGCUCGAUUUGUUUAGUUUUUCAAUUUUUAGAGUGUCAAAAUCUGCAACCAACCAACCCACCACAUGUUUGAUUUAUUAUUAUUGCUCCAAAAUUUAGUACCUUCCUUAAGGAUAAGCUUUAGAUUUCCUUGUCAGAAUUUUCCUACUUGUUUUUAGUUUACAAUUUUCUGGGUUUUGCUGAAUUUGUUGAAAAUCUUGUUAAUAUUUCUGGGUUUUGCUUCAAUUUCAUGAAAAGCUUGAAUUUUUUUCCGGGGUUUGCUUAAAUUUGAUCAAAAAGUUGUAAAAUUUUCUGCCCCAUUUCUUGAUCUGUUUUGUGGUUAGUUGCUUAAAGGAUAAGCCGAAAUUCUGUCUGUUUGGUAAAGGAAAUUUGGAAUCUUUUUGUUUAUGGGAUUCCUUUUUUUUUUUUUCUUCUUUUCUUUAGGGGGUUUAAUUUGAUUGAGGAUAAGUUAGCAUCUUCUUAUGUUUUCUGCUGUUUAAUCAAUUUCUCAGUGGUUUGCUUAAUUUUUCUUAUACCCUUUAUUUCCUCAUAUUCCUGUCUCUCUUUUCUUAGGCAUUUAUUCUCUUCAAUUUUUUUUGAAUAUUUUGUUACCCUCUUUUCUCUCUCCAACUUUGGGGGUUUGAGAAUUGAGAAAAACUAGUUUACCAUUACUGUAUAUGAGUUUGCUACCUGUUCUUGGUUUUGGGUUUAAAGUAGGACAUGUACUUUUGAUGAUAUGUUGCUGGUUUGUUUCUGUGAUCCCCAUGAGUUGGCUGAGUAGUGGUGGAAUUAUGGAAAGCAAGCCUAGUUUGCUUGGUGGUGAUGGUGGUGGUAGUGGUGGUGGGAAAGGUGUGGGUAAUUGGUGGGUGAAGAUCGCCGCCAAAAUCCGUAAAUUCAACUAUUACCACUAUAUUGGGUCAGUAAAGUUGAGGAAAUCUUGGUGGAAGAAGCUCUUGGUUGCUUGGAUAGUUUUCUGGGUCCUAUUUUGUUUUGGUGUCUUUUGGUGUAUGAGCUCAUAUGCUGUUGAAAAGAGGAAAGAAUCCCUUGCUAGUAUGUGUGAUGAGAGGGCUAGGAUGUUGCAAGAUCAGUUUAAUGUUAGUUUGAAUCAUAUUCAAGCUAUGUCCAUCAUGAUAUCAACUUUUCACCAUGGCAAGAUUCCAUCUGCUAUUGAUCAGAGAACUUUUGCAAUAUACACUGAGAGAACUGCUUUCGAGCGGCCUUUAACAAGCGGGGUGGCAUAUGCUGUGAAAGUGCUCCAUUCUGAAAGAGAGCAGUUUGAGAAGCAACAAGGCUGGACUAUUAAGAGCAUGGAUACUCUUGAACAGGAACCUAUUCAUAAGGAUGAUUAUGCCGUGGAAAAGCUGGAGCCUUCUCCAGUUCAAGAAGAGUAUGCACCUGUGAUCUUUGCACAAGAUACCGUUUCACAUAUCAUUUCCGUGGAUGUGCUUUCUGGGAAGGAGGAUCGUGAAAAUGUUUUGCGCGCAAGGGCAUCUGGAAAGGGAGUUCUUACUGCCCCUUUCCCAUUGCUCAAAACAGGGCGCCUUGGAGUUAUUUUGACAUUUGCAGUGUAUAAAACGGAUCUUCCUUCCAGUGCUUCCCCUGAUGAACGAAUUCAAGCUGCUGAUGGAUAUCUAGGAGGGGUCUUUGACAUAGAAUCACUGGUGGAAAAGUUGCUUCAGCAGCUUGCCAGCAAACAGACUAUCCUUGUUAAUGUAUAUGACACAACUAAUCACUCGCACCCGAUCAGCAUGUAUGGUUCAAAUGUAUCCGAUGAUGAGUUGGAGCACGUCAGCCCGUUAAUCUUUGGAGAUCCUUUUAGAAGGCAUGAGAUGCGCUGUAGAUUUAAACAGAAAUCUCCUUGGCCGUGGUUAGCCAUUACAACUGCUAUUGGUAUCCUGGUUAUCGCGUUACUUGUUAGUCACAUUUUCCAUGCAACUCUAAAUAGGAUACUCAGAGUGGAGGAUGACUAUCUUCAGAUGACAAAGCUUAAGAAACGGGCUGAGGCAGCUGAUGUUGCAAAGUCACAGUUCCUUGCUACCGUUUCUCAUGAGAUCAGAACCCCUAUGAAUGGUGUUCUAGGAAUGCUUCAAAUGCUUAUGGACACUGACUUGGAUGUGACUCAACAAGAUUAUGUAAGGACAGCUCAGGCUAGUGGGAAGGCUCUUGUUUCUCUGAUCAACGAGGUUCUUGACCAGGCAAAGAUUGAAUCGGGUAAACUUGAGCUAGAAGCUGUUACCUUUGAUCUGCGUGCAAUUCUGGAUGAUGUGUUAUCCCUCUUUUCGGGGAAGUCUCAAGAGAAAGGAGUGGAGCUUGCAGUCUAUAUUUCUGAACAUGUACCAGAGUUGGUUAUUGGUGAUCCUGGAAGGUUCCGUCAAAUAAUGACAAAUCUUAUGGGAAACUCAAUCAAAUUCACAGAGAGAGGACACAUUUUUGUGACGAUCCAUCUCAUAGAGGAGGUUAGAGAUUUUAUAGAGGUGGAAACCGAGUUAUCACCAAGAAAUUCCUUGAGUGGCUUGCCGGUUGCAGACAGACGGAGAAGCUGGGCUGAAUUCCGAGCUUUCUCUAAAGACGUACCUGCUAGUACAUUAUCGUUGUCCACCUCCAAAACUCUUGUCAACCUAAUUAUCUCAGUUGAGGAUACUGGAUGUGGCAUCCCUGUUGAAGCGCAGUCACUUAUCUUCACUCCCUUCAUGCAAGUGGGCCCUAGAAGCGGAGGCACGGGUAUAGGACUGAGUAUAAGCAAGUGUUUGGUUAGCUUGAUGAGCGGGGAUAUUGGAUUUGCUAGUGUGCCCAAACUUGGUUCUACCUUUACAUUCACUGCAGUUUUCAACAGAGUUUGCUUGAGUUCAGAUGUGAUAAAGAACAAACCGACAAAAACACCAACUAAUUCAACAUCGGCUGAAUUUCAAGGCAUGACAGCAUUAGUAAUAGACCCAAGACAAGUUCGAGUGAAGGUGGCUCGAUACCAUAUCCUACGACUUGGUAUCAAUGUUGAAGUAGCUCAAGAUUUGAACCAAGGUUCUGUCAUUAUCAGCACGGGAAAACCGCGCAUUGAUAUGGUGUUUAUUGAGCAGGAAGUGUGGAACAAGUAUCUAAGAGAGGACUCUUUAUCUAAUAUUAUUAAUAAAUUGAGAAUAAUGAAGAAUGGGAGAAAACCACCUCAAAUAUUUCUUCUAACUAAUAAUAUAAGCUGUGUUAGAGCUAACUCUGGUACUAGUGGGGUUGAUACUCCUUGUAUCAUCAUGAAGCCCUUGAGGGCAAGCAUGUUGGCUGCAUCGUUGCAACGAGUGAUGGGUGUUGGGAAGAAAGGGAACAGUCCUAAUGGAGGAUUGCCGGCAUUGCCCCUACAGCAUCUUCUUCGUGGGAGAAAAAUACUCGUUGUAGAUGACAAUGCUAUUAACCUCAAAGUGGCUGCUGGUGCGUUGAAGAAGUAUGGAGCUGAGGUCGACUGUGUAGAUAGUGGGAGAAGAGCGAUCGAGAAGCUUUCACCACCUCACCAUUUCGAUGCUUGUUUCAUGGAUAUCCAGAUGCCUGAAAUGGAUGGAUUUGAGGCUACUAGAAACAUCCGUGAAAGAGAGCGUUACAUUAACGAGCGUAUCCAUCACGGUGAAACAAUUGCUGAACCCUAUGAAAACAUCUCAAGCUGGCAUGUGCCUAUCUUGGCCAUGACUGCAGAUGUUUUUCAGGCAACUCAUGAGAAAAGCCUUGAGUGUGGCAUGGAUGGCUAUGUCUCAAAACCAUUUGAAGCAGAACAACUUUAUCGUGAAGUGUCACGCUUUUUCAACAAAAGCUCGGUGCAAUGAGUAAACCCCUCUUACUUUCGAAGGGAGUUUCUCAGAUGGCACACGCGCUAACUUCCUGUUUGCUGGAUGCUUUGGGCUUCAUAAGUGAUGUUCCGUUUUGUGUUUAGAAAUGACUGAUUUCAACUGAAGGAAAGGCAUACACUAUAUUUGACCGGUUGACGUUUGAGCUAAGAGCUCUUACGAGCCAGUUUCCUGACACAUUCGUAAAAUUCUUUCCAACGCGAAUAUAUACGUGUAGGAUAAAAUCCGCAUAUCAGCAAAGAGCCUCUUUUGAGCCUUUUUUUUAGAGUUGGUAGCUCCUCAUGACGGGCUUUGGAAGGAUUUUGCACGACUCGAGUUUGGUGCAGUAACCAUUUGGACAGUAUUUGUUAGUGUUUGUAUCAUAGGUUAGUGUUUGCGUGUAAAGAAUGCGCCAUGUAUAGAUUACACGAAGAAUAAGACUAGAUAAGCUUGUCAUAUAGCAUCACAUUUCCCUGAACUUGUGAUGGAAGGGAGGGAAAUUAGUACUGUAAUCACCAUUUUAAUGUAAAUUUAAGUAUAGUUUGUGAGUGUAUAUAAUCGACUUUUAGUUUAAAAAUGUGAGUACAUUCUGGUAAUUUGAAAGCAUGGAUGUACAAUGAAGAUGGAUGAAAACAUUUUGAAUGUCAA